GUUGGCGUCGCGACGCGCAUCAAACGUCUUUCCGCUCGUCUUCGCGUUGUCCCUCGUAUCUUGCUCUCGAGACGGCGCGAAAUCUACCUGAAUAUUUCCGAUGUGAUCUUCCCUUUCCACCCGUGUUUACGUUCGUUUGCGACGCAAGCUUUCGGUAACAAACGGUCGGAGAUAAAGAAAACUGCUUCCGAAGGUGAAAGGGGUUCGGAGUCUCGCCGGGACCACACGGAAGCGGCGGCGUUCGAACUGCCCGGAAUGCCGGGACGAGAUUCUCCGCGGAAACCGGAGUACCACGGGAAACAGUGGAAAUGGGGGAAUUAGACGAGCACCGUCGCGCACGGGGCAUCGUCGGUUCCGCAAGUAGCUUCUCGUUCGUCAAGGUUUUUGAGAUUUCUGUCGGCCGUAAUGAACGGGAGACGGCUGUCGCACCUGUUGCAUAUCGAGCCGUUUCUCGCGUGAGUAAUCUUUAAACGGUCGCCCGCCGACAAUGUGGACGCCGCGCGAUCGAACCUAGAGGUGAAAAGAUAAAGGAGAGGUGAUCGGAGCCGGCGCCGCAGAGGAAACUAGAAAGCACCGUUGCUCGACGUGGUUCGAUCGAAUCCGAACAAUGCCGCGGUGAUCGGUUCUCGCUGGCUGGGGUCCGAUCUCUGAACGUGGAAGAUGAAAUGGACCAUUUUUUAACUCGGGGAUCGUACAGGUGUGAAUGUGAGAUAACAAGGGAAAACGAGUACGCGCGCGGGUGGGGGAGAGGCGAGAUGAACAGCGCGGAGAAUUCGACGGAGACGCGAAUAUGCCUUCUGCAGGAAGAUUUGGAGGACCCUCGGACCUCGUCGCUGAGAAGGAUCAGCUACGGCAUUAUCCUGCCCGCUAUCUGUUGCUUGGGAAUCAUAGGGAAUAUUUUGAACCUGGUCGUCCUAACCAGGCGCAAUAUGCGAGGGACCGCUUACAUCUACAUGAGAGGAUACUCGACGGCGGCGCUUCUCGCGAUUUUCUUUUGCAUCCCAUUCGCCCUCAGAGUUCUUAUUCACAAAGAAGCAGGCCGGUGGAGCAAUUGGGUUCAGGCGUUCUACCAUGCCCACCUCGAACUGUUUCUGGGCAACGGAUGCUUGGGGGUCGGAGUGAUGAUGCUCCUAGCGUUAACGGUGGAGCGUUACGUGAGCGUUUGCCACCCCGGUCAGCAUACCCGGCCGCUCUGCGGUCCCCCGCAUCUGACGGUGAUUCUGAUCCCACUCGCAACGUUUCUGGUUUAUCUGCCGAGCGCGUUCCGCGGAGAGAUCUCGGCCUGCCUUCUGGAGCCAGCGGGGCCCAUCAUCUAUCAGAAGCGGGAGAACCAGUCGUUCCUCGACUCGUUGUUCUAUCAAAUAUACAAGGUUGCGCUGGAGAUCGUUUUCAAAGUGGCGCCCACUAUUCUAUUGGCGGGCUUCAAUCUGCGCAUAAUGAUAGUCUACAGAAGAUCUUGCGAGCGCCGGAGACGCAUGACGUUGUCCAGGACUGUCAGCAACGAAGAGGACCCGAGAACGUUCGCGGAGGAACGAAGACUCGUCCUUCUUCUAGGCAGCACCAGCAUUCUGUUCCUCGUCUGCGUCAGUCCGAUGGUAAUUCUGAACAUCACUCUGCGGGAAAGCAAUCUCAGCCACUACCCUUAUCAGGUGUUCCGAGCCCUGGCUAACCUGCUGGAAGUGAUCAAUUACUCGAUCACGUUCUACAUCUACUGCCUGUUCUCGGAGGACUUCCGGAACACCUUGAUCCGGACGUUGCAGUGGCCCUGGGGGAACAGCAGCCACAGCGGAAGAGGCCUCCCGAUGAAGCGUUCUCCCCUGCCAAGGCUGACCACCACGACCACCACCACCACCACGCCGCCGACGAUCGCCGUUGCGACUCCCGGUCACUUCGCGCGAGCCAGCGUCUAGCGAGCCGCUUCCCGCACUCUUCCGCCCUCGUCGUUCCAUCCUGCGACCGAAAUUUCACUCGUUUUCCUCGGCUCGUCCGCGACUCGCUUUGGAAUUCUCAAGGUCUCCCCCGCCCGCGACAUCGAUCUUUCGGAACCAGUACGCGCAUCUCGCGACUCGCGACCAGCGUUCGCUUCGACUGUCCUUUUCCCGCGUCCUUGGGGUUCCAAAGCCGACGCGACACGGAUCCUCGCACUCUCACGUACUAAAUGUAAUUCGAAAUGUAACGUAGAUUCGAUCCGAUCUUCGACGCGACACGAGACGGGAGCGUCCUCCCGGUUGUUUUCCUCGUCCCGACGUCGACGCAUCGAUCGGAAUUCCCGCGGAGUUCAUUUCAGCUGCAUACCCGUCGAAUAUCGUUCCAGUCGACUGCUCCUGUUUCAUCGAUACGAUUCCGUCGCGACCGAACCGUUGCUAAUUCGCUUCCUCGCGCGAUCGGUGUAAGUAAGUACCGGCGCGCCAUGGAUCUCCCCUCGAUCCCGCCGUUCGUAUCGUUGUCUCCGUGUAGAGAGUAUAUCUCAUAUUUUUCCAGCGUCGCGUGUACUCGAGCCGCUUUGAACAUCCACCGGGGCCGAGUCCUCGGCGAUUUCCUUCGCGUCACACGCAGCCCUGAAUUAAUCGAGCAGAGAAAAUCCGGAUCGUCCGGCUCCUGUUUGCGAAUGUGCGCGACGCUGGCGAAACGUUGGUAAAUAUUGACGCAACCGGCGUAACCGGCGGCAACGUUUAGCGUACAAUUCCCGCGAUACAUCGCUGGAACAACGAGUUUACUAGAGGAGGACGUCGUAUGCCGGAGAGAUUCGAUUCGCGACUGGAAACACGCGCGUUCAGAAUGCACAGUCUCGACCUGUUUCUCGAGCGGGUGUCACGGUACACUCCGAUGAACGAGUCGACUGCCGGGAUCAGGGAUAUACGAGUACACGGACGCGAAAGGUAUCCCCGGCGAAUCCUGGUACCAGCGAAAUUACAAUGCCAGUUCGAAUGGAAUAGUUCCGAGCAGGAAUUCCGCGGGCAGCAUACUUUUCGCGUCUCCGUUCGCGAGCAUUUCCGCCCAGCCGGCUCGAAGAAAUUCGAAUUGCAGCUGGUUCGUCUUCCUUUUCCCAUAUCCCGCGAAUCAAAACGAUUCGCGCGGUAUCGUCGGCGAUGCUGCCCGACGUCGGGACGCGUAAACGGAUCGCACGGUUCAAAGGUUUCCUUUGUUUCGUACGUCUAACGCGGCCGUUAAUCGAAUAAUCGCGGGCAAAGCGUGAUCGCGAAUACUGCCGAGACCGGUA